UAUGAAUAUGAGUAGACCUAGACCUCAUGCACUGCAUGAGGCAGCAACGUGUGGGCGCAGACUAUACCCUCAAGUAACUUGACCUACCCUUACCUGUCCUCUGCCGUGUUGGAUUUGAGAGUCUUGCAUAAUUCAACGACUCGAGUACAGUGUCCAGAUUAAUACCAAAAGCAAGAGGGUAGUGCAUAUGUCGAUGUUCAACGUACUCGUCGUUGGCCAAACUGGAUGCGGGAAGAGCUCGGUCGUGAACAUGCUCGCUGGAGAAAGCCGGGCACCCACAUCUCACGACCUCAGUCACUGUACUAAACACUGGGCUGAGUACGCAAUUCCAGUCGACGGCCAUUCAUUCCAGGUCUUUGAUACCAUCGGGUUUCUCGAACCCGGGCUGGAUACAAAAGGGUACACGGAAGCUAUCGCUGAUACAUACCUCGCGAUCGAUACUCUAAGGCAAAGAGGCGGCAUUGAUCUACUCCUUUAUUGCGUACGCGACGAAGAGAUCGAGAAGAUGAAGGGUCACUAUAGGUUGUUCCAUGAAGUGUUUUGCGAUGAAGAAGUUCCAGUCGCUCUUGUCGUCACAAGUCGUGGCAUAAGCCACAAAGUCUACAAGGCAAUCUUCCGCUCACACAAAAUCGCUUGUGUGGAUUACGUCUGCGCAAACAUAGCUAGCACGCCUGGACGUAGUAAUUCAGCUGCGGACACCGAAUCGCAGAAGGCGAUCAAGGAACUGCUAGUGAAGUGUUGCGAUGCGGGACCUAAUCCUAGGUCCACUCUGCAACAGCUAUGGCGACGAGUUCAGAAACUCGUUGGGACAGACCAGUCUCACCGAUCUCUCAAACGAAAUGAAGUAUCCGCGUUGCUCACGCGGCGUUGCAAGAUGCAACAGGAGGUGGUCGAGCAAUUGCUCACAGCCCUGAACCUCCAGUCGCCGUCAAGUCGGCUUCAUCGGGCACCCUACGCAGGCGGUAAAUCUGCAACUCGCAAUUUGCCUUCGUCGGAGAACGACGCUAGUACUCGAGAUGAACAAGUGUCGGAUGCUAGGCCGAGGUAAGCCUAUUAAUUGUUUGACGAGACUUGAACUUGAGCGUAUUGUGCAUUCCUUCCCUUCAGCUCUGCAUCUCAGUUACAUUCUGUUGUGGAUAGUACCUCUCUGCAUUCUCGCUCAGACAGCUGAUGCCUUUGCCGAGCACCAAUCUGUCAAAUAUAUGUGUACUUACGAGAUGAGAUGCUGAUACUUGACGAAAUACUUCAGCUAUACCAUAUGCUUCCCUCCUACAUGCUGUUCAAAUUCAGAAACAACGCGUUGAUGCAAUAAGGCGUUCCAGGACGACCUAAAUGCUUACCCAACACACUGC